CUCCUCGCCCUCCACUUGCCGCGUCGCUCGCGGAAUCCCCCCCUUCCUCGCACUCUCAUCAUGGCCGCCGACCACCAGCUCUGGGAGGCCAUCAAGCCCCUGGACAAGACGCCCAACAUGCAGUACCUCAACACCCUGGCGGAUAUCCUGCUGAUGUACUCCGGUCAGACGGACGUGGAGAACUCCGUCUUCGGGCUGAUCCUCCAGCACCAGGGCGCGGCCUUCCGCCUGCUGGAGAAGUACAUCAUCCUGCCGAAGGGGACCAUGUCCUCGGCGUCGGCCCAUGAGAAGAUGAUCUCGGUCAUGGUGAACCUGUGCGCCUUGCUGAACACCCAUGCGGACCCGGACUUCGCCGCGACGAAUGGUGCCCCCUCGCCUCUGAGCAAGGAGGACAUCGAUACGGUGGCUGCCUGCUUUUUCAAUUCCACCCUCCCGGAGAGCAUUCUGUCGCUGAUCCAGAGCCCCAAGCCGUACACCGACUACUCGCCCUUCAAGUGCUCCAUGCUGCUGGCCAACAUGUCGGCCCUGCCUCUGUCGGAGGAUAAGCUGGCCGUCAUGCACCGCCGUGUCAUCCAGGGUGUCAAGGGCACCGACGCCACGGCCAAGCGCCACAUGCAGCUGCUCCUGGGGCAGCUGACGCAGCUGGUCAAGUCCAAGUUCAAGGAUCUUCUCACCUUUGCCAGCCACCUUGCCUGGACUCUGGUCAGCAUGUUGCGCUCCCCCUACACUCUGUCGAUCAUCUGCCUGAUGGAUAUGCGCCCCUACAUCCUGGAGCUGCUGGAGGCUGUGUAUGAGGCGCGCGACUCGAAGCUCAAUGUUGCCAACCUCUCGGAUGAGGACCGGCCCUACGCGGAGGUCCAGUUCGCGGCGGCCCUGUCUGGCGCGCGCCAGUCCAUCAUCGCGGCGAUCAAGAAUCUCCUCUUCGCGAUGACCAGCCACACGUUCCUGCUGGGCCCCGCCCCAGCGGACCCGCGAAAGGUUACCCCCUCCAAGGACUUCGUGGCGGCCCUGUUGCGCUUCGUGGCUCUGCCCUCGGAUCUGCGCCGGACCUUCGUCGUCGUGGAGCAGCAGUCCGAGGAGCAUGUGGCCUUCAAGGAGUCGGACACCCCGGCCGAGGGGACUGGCUCGCAGACCGAAUGGGACGAGGCGCCGGAGUGGAUGCGUGCCCUGCCGGAGCCUACCACCGCACCGGUCGCCGAGUCGCCGGCUUUCGCCAUGUUUGGCCGCGAGUCGGACCCCUCAGUGCGCCUGCUGAUCCUGGAGUGCCUGCUUCUGCUGGCCGGCACUCGCGCCGGGCGUGUGCGCAUGCGUGAUGGCUCGGUGUACCCUGUCAUCCGUGAGAUGCACAUGGCCUCGGCGGCCGACUCGACCGAGCGUGAGACCAUCGAGGGCCUGGUGCAGUUCCUGAUCCGCGAGGGCGGUGGCGACCAGGAAGUCGAGCCCACCCCGGAGGAGGCACUGGAGGAGGCCGAGAAGCUGGUCAAGGAGCUGAACAUCACCACCCCGGCCGAGGACACCACCGGUGGGGCUGCCGACAUCGUUGAGCUGGACUGAUUCCGGGCGUGCGCGCGCGCGCGUGCGCCAUAUGCCGCCUGCUCUGCCUGGCCGCGCUCCAUUCAUCUUGAGACUGCCCUUCCCUCUCCGGGCAGGGGGGAAGGGCGAUAGCCAGAGGCCCUUUUUUCUCGACCCUCCCAGACAACAAGCAGUUUGCUUUGUAUGUUGCUUGUUCCUUUUCCCAAUGGGAGUCCUGCCGCGACUCUUCCCUCCCCUCUGGUGCCUUACAUCCUGCGCUGUGUGUGCGUGUGUGUGGGGAGGGGGGGGGGCGGAGGAGAGGCAGGCAGGGGUGUAUACACAUGCAUUAGACCACACACACACACACACACACA